CGCUGAGACACAAAUCAUCUCUGAGAGGACAGCACCAUGAAGACAUCGACGCUCGCCUUCCUGUUCGCUCUGCUUGUUGCUGCCAGCAUGGCCUCUUCUUCCCCAGCACCAGUGGAGGAGGAGCACCACGGCGACCGCCACGUGCGCUUCACGUGUGACGCGCUGAGCGCCUUCGGCGUGGCGGACUCGGCGUGCGCCGUCCGCUGCAUCGCGAUGAACAGAGGGUACAGGGGAGGACACUGCGACGAGGGCGUCUGCCACUGCCGCGAGUAGGGGACCGCUAGGCUGGCAGGCGUGUCUGCCUCAUCAGUGAAGUCUCCAACUGUCUAAGUUUCUGUUUCUUCUUCAUAUUCAA